AUGGAGGCGGCUGGGCCGGUGACCCGGUCGGCGGCGCGUAAGAGGGCACCCAAGAUCCCGGAGGAGCAGCGGGAGCGGCGGCCGGGGCGGCGGCGACCGCGGAGGAGAAUUCAGGAGCAAGAAGCCGUCUUUCGUGAAGUGGUCAGUUUUACCCCGGAUCCUUUGCCAGCUAGAUAUUAUGACAAGGACACCACCAAACCCAUCAGUUUUUACUUCUCUUCGCUGGAGGAACUCUUGGCAUGGACACCCGACAUGGAGGACAGCUUCAAUGUGGCCUUGGAGCCCUCUGAGUGUCGGCAGCCCCCGCUGAGCAGCCAGAGGCCCCGCACCCUCCUGUGCCAUGACAUGAUGGGCGGGUAUCUGGAUGACAAGUUUAUUCAGGGCUCCACGGCGCACAGCCCCUACUGUUUCUACCACUGGCAGUCCAUCGACAUCUUUGUGUACUUCAGCCACCACACCGUGACUAUCCCCCCCGUGGGCUGGACCAAUGCUGCACACCGGCAUGGGGUCUGCGUGCUGGGGACUUUCAUCACUGAGUGGAAAGAAGGUGGGCAGCUCUGUGAAGCCUUUCUGGCCGGGGACGAGCGCUCGUACCGAGCCGUGGCUGAUCAGCUGAUCCUCAUCGCCCAGUUCUUCCGUUUCGAUGGCUGGCUGAUCAACAUCGAGAACUCUCUGAGUCUGGCUGCAGUGGGGAACAUGCCCCACUUCCUCCGCCACCUGACGGCGCAGCUCCAUCAGCGGGUGCCGGGGGGCUUGGUGCUGUGGUACGACAGUGUGGUGAGGAGCGGGCAGCUCACGUGGCAGGACGAACUCAACCAGCACAACCGGAUCUUCUUCGACUCCUGUGACGGCUUCUUCACCAACUAUAACUGGCGGGAGGAGCACCUGGAGCGGAUGCUGGGGCAGGCGGGGGAGCGCCGAGCCGACGUGUACGUGGGAGUGGACGUGUUUGCCCGGGGCAACGUCGUGGGAGGCCAGUUCAACACGUACAAGUCGCUGGAGUUGAUCCGGAAGCACGGAUUCUCGGCAGCCCUCUUCGCCCCUGGCUGGGUGUACGAGUGUUUGGAGAAGAAGGAUUUCUUCCAGAACCAGGACAAGUUCUGGGCUUUGCUGGAACACUUCCUGCCCACACACAGCAUCUGUUCUUUGCCCUUUGUCACUUCUUUCUGCCUGGGCAUGGGGACGCGGAGAGUGUGCUACGGCCAGGAGGAGGUGGUUGGUCCCUGGUACCACCCAAGUGCCCAGGAAAUCCAGCCGCUGUUUGCAGAGCACAGUUUGGAAGGGGCCGGGCGGGGCUGGGUGAAGACGCACUGCUGCCUGGCGGACGCCUGGAACGGGGGCAGCUCCCUGCUUGUCCGCGGGCUGAUUCCGCCCGACGUCGGACAUGUGGCCGUGAGGUUAUUCUCUCUGCAGGUCCCCGUGCCUCCCAAGAUUUUCCUGUCCUUGGUAUAUAAGCUAGAAGGGCCUUCGGGUGUUGAGGUGGCGUUGGAGCUCACCACAGGGGACCCGGGCAGCUGCCACGUUGGUGGCAUCCGGACACUGAAUGCAGGAACAAGCUCCAGGCACAGUCCUCGACCCCUCCGGGUGCCCCCCACCAAGCUGGCCAGAUGGGUGGACCGCUGUGGCCAGCAGCUCCCGGGGGGGUGGGUCCAGCGCUGCUACGAGGUGAGCCUGCGGGGCUGCCUCCUGCAAGACCUCUUCGUUAGCUUCGCGCGGCCUCCUGGCAGCCCAGAGGAGGCGAGCUUUGUCUGCCGUCUCGGGGAGAUCCAGGUGGUGGACGCCAAUAGCCUGCUCGCCCCUCUGCCCCAGGUGCAGGCCGUCACUGUGUCCCGCGUGCGCUGGCAGCGGGCCACGUCCGAGGAGGAGGGCCCCCCUGCCCCGCUGCGGCUCAGCUGCACUCUGCACUGGUCCCACCUCCUCUCUGCCGUCCGAUGCUUCCGGAUCCGCUGCCGCACGGGGACUGGUGGUGGCUCUCCUGGCGGGGGGCCACCGGGGCCGGAGAAGCCCACGCUCCUGGGCCUGGCCUUUGUCAACCAGUAUCGGAUAGCGGAGCUGCAGGUGGCGGCCGUGGGGCCCAGCGGGGACGGGCGUGUGGAGUUCCUGGUGGAGCCCGUCCCCAAGGAGGGGUUUCUGGUGCCGCAGGCUGAGUGGGGCAGGGCGGCCCUGGUCUACUCCGUGCCCCGCACCUGAGCCAGCAUUAAAGCAUGGCAUCUCCCCGC